AUGGGCGAGCUGCUGCGGGUGAUGCUGGCCUGGGGGGAGCGGGCUGGCGGGCCUGGGGGCGCCGGGAGCGUAGGUGUAGCUGGGCGGGCGGCCGAGAUGACUCUGCGGGUUCAUGGGGAGACUGGCGGACGAGGCGUUUGGGUUAGGGGAGUUGCCUGGCGGCGGCGAGGGCUGCGAGGGCGACCCGUUGGGAGUGUUGGUCGAGGUGGUUGUAGGAGCGAGAGAGGAGCCACUCUUGCGCUUGUUUCCAAAACCGAGCUUGAAUCGAGAGCUCAUGAGAUCCAUAAAACGGGGUGUCGAGUAGAUGGGAGGAGGAGGAGGAGGAGGAGAAGAAGAAGAGGGAAGAGAGAAGAAGAGGAAGAGGAAGAGGACGAGAGGCGAGAAGGAGACAAGAGGAAACAGAGGAAGAGGGGAGCAAUACGGGGUGUACGGAGUACAGGGCUAAAAGAAGCGCCCAAGGAGUAUAUUGGCAGCAAGCUGAGCGACGGCUAG